UCUCACGAAAUAAACAUCCACAAACCACAACAAAAAGAAAAAAUUUCAGUUGUACUGAAUAUGGCUGUUCGCUUGCUAAUUUCCGUUCUUUUUAUCUCAUUGGUUUCACUUACAUAUGCUUCUGAUCCCGCCCCCCUACAGGAUUUCUGUGUUGCUGUUAAGGAUGAUGAUGCAAAAGUUUUUGUGAAUGGAAAGAUUUGCAAGGAUCCAAACAUGGUUAGUGCCGAUGAUUUCUUGUUUCCUGGACCGAACAUGCCUGGUCUGAAUGUGCCUGGAAAUACAUCUAAUCCCCUUGGAUCAAAGGUCACACAAGUGAAUGUCAACCAAUUACCAGGACUCAACACUCUUGGCAUCUCCUUAGUCCGUAUCGACUAUGCUCCCUAUGGCCUUAACCCACCCCACACACAUCCUCGGGCUACUGAGGUUCUUGUUGUUGUGGAGGGCACUCUGUAUGUUGGAUUUGUAACUUCGAACCCUGCAAAUCCAAACGUAAAGAACAAACUCUUUACCAAAACUUUGAAUCCAGGAGACGUCUUUGUGUUUCCAGAAGGUCUCAUUCAUUUCCAAUUUAAUGUGGGCAAGACUAAUGCAGUUGUAUUUGCGGGUCUAAGCAGCCAAAACCCAGGAGUAAUCACAAUUGCAAAUGCAGUUUUUGGAUCUAACCCUCCCAUUAAUCUUGACGUUCUCACCAAAGCUUUCCAGGUCGACACGAAUGUGAUCAAAUAUCUUCAAGGACAAUUUUGGUGGAACAUUGACUAGAAAAAAAUAUCUAUUAUUAGUUUGGCCUCUUAAAGAUACCUUGCGAGUACUAAAUAAUUUAAUAAGUGUGGAGAAAUGUUUCUCUUGUGUGCUUUCUAGAUCAUAAAGAUUUUGAAAGAAUAUAGUAUUCUCAUGUAAUGCAAAAUAAGUCCUCUUGAAGCGUAUUCUAAAUAAAAUUUCAACGAAAUUAAUGUACAAUUGUCAA